AUGAGUUUUAAAAAUAAGGUGGUAAUUGUAACAGGAGCGAGUUCUGGUAUUGGAGCAGCGGUAGCUGAAGAAUUUAGCGCCGGUGGAGCGAAGGUCGUGAUGGUGGGCAGAAACGAGGUCAAACUAAAUAAUGUGGCCAAACGCUGCAACAGCCCUCUAGUGAUACGUGCCGAUCUUACUGACGACAAAGACGUUCAAAGGAUAAUAAACGAGACAAUAGACAAGUUCGCACAAAUAGACAUCUUGGUGAACAACGCUGGAACUUAUGCCGACGGCCCUCUUUUGAGCGGUAAAAUAAUGGAUACAUAUGAUUUUAUUGCUAGAGUAAAUCUUCGCGCAGUGAUAUACCUUACAAGCUUAGCUGCUCCGUACAUAGUCCAAACGAAGGGCAACAUUAUCAAUAUAUCUAGCGUUUCGGGCAUUAUUGCACCCGUUGUACCUGGUCUUCUAGCAUACAAUGUCUCCAAAGCUGGGCUUAACCAUUUCACCACUUGUACUGCAGCGGAGUUAGGACCUCUAGGAGUGAGAGUAAAUGCCGUGAGUCCGGGGCCAGUGAAUACUGAUUUUCUGGAAAAUACUGGUCUUCCUGGACCUUGGGAUAUAUACAAACCCUCAACCGUGUUAAAUAGGGUGUCGGAAGCGAAGGACAUCGCUGAUAUGGUUAUUUUCCUUGCGAGUGAUAAAGCUAAGUCUAUCACAGGUGCAAACUUUUUAACCGAUAAUGGAAUGGCAAUUAAGCGAUCAUAA